GGUAACAUGUAGUGGCACUAAGAUGUUGUCUAUGUCUAUUUGUCACCACAUUCAUAAGAAUUAUGCUUUUACUGCUGAUAAAAUCAAUUGUGAAGAAAAAACCUUUCAAAGUUUGGCUGGUUUUGUUUUUCAGCUGUCAGCCAAAAGCCUUUUGAAUACUGCUGACAGAGAGCUUUCUGUCGACACAAUGAUGCUGACUUGGACUCGAUGAACAGACACUCUGAUAAACGUUUCACACAUUCUGCAUGUUUUCUUGCUGUGGCGUGAUGGGCUCUCAGUAUUUCCCAGCCCGCUCUGUGCUCUUCCAGAAACAAUUGAGUGGAGUCACGUACCGUGUUCCUGCUCUGAUCUAUCUGCCUCGUUCCAGCCGUUUCCUGGCAUUCUGUGAGGAGAGACUGAUGCCCGCAGACGCUCAAGCACAUCUGCUCGUUAUCCGCAAAGGAGUUUUUCACAAAAACUAUGUGGAAUGGAAUGACAUGCAGGUUUUGAGCACAGCGCAACUCCACGGCCAUCGCUCAAUGAACCCUUGCCCUGUUUAUGAUGAGUUUACUGGCAAAAUCUUCCUGUUUUUCAUCGCUGUUCUGGGUCACACCUCCGAGUCUUACCAGCUUAUAACAGGGAAGAAUGUGACUCGUCUUUGUUUUGUGUCCAGCAGCGACCAGGGUGACACCUGGAGCUCCGUAACUGACCUCACUAAGACCGUCAUAGGAGACACUAUUAAAGAGUGGGCCACUUUUGCUGUGGGUCCCGGUCAUGGAACACAGUUAAAAUCUGGACGUUUAAUCAUUCCUGCCUAUGCCUAUCACAUUGACUGCAGACAUUGCUUUGGCAGGAAAUGCAAGACUUCGUCGCAUUCAUUUUGCUUUUAUAGUGACACACAUGGAAAUGUGUGGCAUUUUGGGGAGGCGUUGGCAGCGCCUGAGAGCGUGGAGUGUCAGAUGGUGUCAGUAGAUGAGGAAGAUGGACUGAACAUUCUGUACUGCAAUGCUCGGAGUACAUCUGGCUGCCGCGUGCAGGCUGUAAGUUUUAAUAAUGGUGCAGUUUUUCAUGACGGUCAGCUGGUGCAGAAACUUGUGGAGCCGAGAAACGGGUGUCAUGGCAGUGUGAUUGGAUUUCCAGCUCCGCUCUACCAGCUUGGACAAUCCCAACAUUCUUUGAGACAGUCCAUCUACAGAACCAUUGCAGCUCUGAUGUCUCCACAAAAUUUCCUUCCUCCUACGUGGGUGGUAUAUACACACCCGACCUGGUUGAAUGGCCGUCGCGACCUGGGCGUGUACCUCAGUCUUCUGCCACGGGACCCAGACAGUUGGUCAGGCCCUUGGGUGAUAUACGACGGCCCCAGUGCCUACUCUGACCUGGCAUAUAUUGAGGUGAUGUCUGCUGAUGCCCCACCGCUCACUUUGUUUGCCUGCCUGUUUGAGAAUGGCACAAGGACAGCUUAUGAUGAGAUUUCCUUCUGCAUCUUUACACUGUAUGAGCUGAUCAACAACCUUCCCCCAAACAACUAUAGAGACAGAGAGCUGAAGAAGAGGAGAAGAGUGUGGCAGCGUUGCUGUGUCUGCUGACUGUAUGCACAAUCUUGAAAGUACAUUUUCACUUGAGCGUUCAUCAUGUACCUGACCUUAUGUUGUACAUGUACAUUGACUAUGGGAUUCAUUUUCCAAUAUAACAGUUAGGCCCAGUCCUUGAAUCUGAUUGGAUGAGAGGGAUUGCAAGAGUGCUGAUAAAGGAGUCAUAACAGCACUGGGACACUUCAUUGUUUGUAUCGCUCAGGUUGAGUUCAUGGCAUUCCAAAUUAAAUUCUAUGAUCAAUGCAGAGAGCUAGAUGUGGGGAUUUUCUUUUAUCCCUAUAUGAAAAAGAUUUAAGCCAGCAGGUGGUUACCAAAAAUCGUCUUUUAUGUGUUAUGAGCGAGUUGAGCUGACGAGAGUCCUUAUUUCCUUCCUUAUUUAUCAGUCCGUUGAACUGUUGCACUCUCGCAAUCGUGUUGUUUUGUCCAUAUAUCAGCAUGGCUGUGAAUACCUAUGGCCUUUUGCCUAUAGCUGAAUCAAAGCCAUGCUGAUAUAUGGGCAUACAGCACUCUUUCUCAUGUGAUAUUGCUUUAAUAUACCUGUAAUUCUCUACCCAUUAGCUUUCUCAUUCAUCUCAACAGCAAUUGAUCAGCUGGUGUGUCAUCCCUUGAUGUCGCCAACUUUGCUCAUGAACUGGAGACAUUUUUGAGCCAAUCACCUGAGCUGUAAAUGUCAUGUGACUAAUGGAAAAUUACAUAAUUACAUUAAACCCUUCACUAGAGACUAUCCUGAGGUGUGACAUCAAAGUCAGCAGAUAGGGAAAAAUAUAAAUCCAUUUCACGCUUUGAAGAGCCCUUAAAAAAAAAAAAAAAAACAUCCCCAUCUACUAUGAUAGAAAUGUUUCUGUGAUUUAUAUGUUUUUUGAAAAGCAUUUUAUCACAAUACACUGUUUUGCAAUUGUGUCAAUGGAGAAAUUAUAUUUUGCCACUAUGAUGUUGUUACAGCAUUUAGCAGCAUGGGUUAGCUGUAAGACUGCCAAAAUAUAUUUCUUGCAAAUAAAUAAUGAUCAUAAACAGCUGAUUUUGUGAAUUUUUAAAAUUCUUUCUCUGAAGUGCACUUUAAAUUGGAGCAAGAGAUAUGGGGGCAGUAUCACUGGUCACAGCUGAUAGGUUCAGUAUCUGUAUGAGAUCUCUGAUUGGGAACAUAAACUGUUAGCCGUUUAGCGUAUAUUACUUUGGCGAUGAAACUUGAUAAAAACUAGGGAUGCACCAAUACUGAUACUGGUAUCAGAAUCAUGUCUGAUACCGCGCUCGUGUACUUGUACUUGUACUGGUAAAAAUGCUCCGAUACCAUCUGAUGUACGAAUGUCAUUACAUAAACAUUCAGUGCACAGAUUAAAAUCACGUCAUGUCCUAGUGAGGUUAUUUAACAGCAAAAGCUGCAAAUUAAUGAGAUAAAUAGAUAGUUUGCACGUGCAGCGUUUUAAAUGUGAGUGCUUGUGAAUGUGUGGAGCCGGUAUUGUGCAGACAUAGAGACACAAGCUGCUCAUAUCUUUAGAGAUCCUUGGCUCAUACAUGAAAAACACCAUUAUGAGCAUUGCAUGUUCUGUUUGUAGCAGAUGACAGCAGGCAGAGCACUAAUUCACUUUUUAUGCAGCAGCGAGUCAUAUACAGACUACAUAAUUAUUUAUUUAGUAGCCUUUUGCAGUUUAAUAAUUACUGUGAUUCACAUAGCAAUGAGCUUUUCCAGAUUGGGAAUCUGCCAUCAUUACUCCAAGCUCCUUGGUCUAACAACAUAGAAACACUUAAAAAUAAAAGCUCCACCAAAAUAAAAGCUCAAUUUAAAUGAAAAAAGUACGACAGAAAUACUGUAGAUCACUACUGUAUAGUUAUGUAAUAUUCACUGUUAUACUACAACUACUACUACUAAUAAUAUUAAUAAAUAAAUAGUAACUGUAUUAUAUUCAAGCAAUAUCUCACAUCUGUGAUUUUGCAUUAUGCAGCACUUUAUUUGACAAAAAUAACUCCAAUGUUGUAUUUAGGAUUGUGCAGUGAGUAUGGAGAUGGAAUUGUUGCAUAUUAACAUACAAAUGGAAAGAGAUCCACAAGUAAAUGUACGGAGUUUCACAAAAAUAAAGUGAAUUCACAAAUAAAUAAAAUGAGAUUUGCAAAUAAAAAAAUUAUUAACAAAUAUAUUUUGUAACUCACACACACAACUCUGUCCAGCAUUCAUUUGUGAAUUGCGUGCAUUUAUUUGUGGAUGGCUUCCUGUGCAUUUGCGGAUCGCUAUGCGCAUGUGUCAAUUUUGAAACCUAUCUAGCAUCAAGACGUGCACAUAAAUCUACAAAUAGGUGGAUUCCACCCAUCGUCUACUCAAGCCAAUCAGAUAAUGGCCACAUUACUCAGGCCAAUCAUAUCAUGUUCUGUCUUCAACCAAUCAUGCUUUGUUUUACUAUCAUGGUGGGACCAGAGUCACAGAGCUCUCAUGAGCAUGGAAUCAAGCACAUACAGAUAUGCUCCAAGACCGCAAAGUUUCAUCAGUUUCAUCAGAUGCCAUCAGAGGAACACUGUGAUUUAAGAAUGCUCUUACCCUGACUAGGAGUAUCCGUCACAGACAACUGAUACAACACCAUGACGUGGCAAUGAGGAUGUUCAUGUACAACAAACUCGAGCAAAAUGCAAGAACUCCAGUUGUAAUGUUCAGUUCCAGUGUUUGUGUGUAAAUACAUGUACUCAAAUGUAUUGUCUUUUGUAGUCAUAUGCAUGACAACCUGUAAUUUGUAAGCAAAAAAUCAUACCUUUUAGCCAACAGACUUGCUUUAAAGUGUUAAAAAACAGACACUCUUUAAAACAUAUUUACCUCAAAAUGCCUUGAUAGAACUCAUUAAAAGAUUUGUCAACUAAAUGACAAAAAAUAUUUUGUUAAAUAAGAGCAGUCAUCAUUACUUUGGCCUGCCCUCAAACAAACGUUGUUAUAGCUGAAGCCAAGAUGAGUUGGGUUAGUGUUGUCGCCAUGUCAAGAAGACACUGUUUUCUAACUGCGAAAGCAAAACCUCUUUGUUUGGACUUCCAAAGGCAGAUGAAUUGAAGAAUCAGUGGUUAAAAUGUAUUUUUACCACUUCCUCAGCAGUACAACCACAACCAAUGCCCGAUUUUCAAGACAGUUACUCCUGAAAGAUGGUGCAGUUCCCACUUUGUUGGGACAAUCUGGUGCUUUAGGAUCACAACCUGUAAGUAUGCUUGAUUAUUUGUGGAUUUAUCUGCUACCGAGAGUUCAAAUGCGGAGUUUUGUGUUGUAGUUACGGUGUACACCCAGUGCACAGCUAUAGGCCUCUGCUAACCUGCUAGCUAAAGUUAUUGUGUUGAAAUAGUUUUGCUAAUCAGCUACGGGCCCACUUUUACCUACAACUGUGUAGAAUUAUACAGAUUGUUUGUUGUUCUUACUACUAUGAAUAGUGAUCAAGUGUGAAGAUGGAUUUAUCUUUACAAAUGGUCAUUUUACAUCUGCAAUCCACGGUAGUGCUCGGCUAACUUGCAAUGUAAUGUUAUUGUUUUGGUAAGGGUUUACUAUUCAGCUGUGGGCCAGCUUUUACCUAAAACUGUGUAACAAAAUAGUCGAUCUCAAGAGUCAUAUAUAAUUAUAUAAUUACAUGGACCUUCAGAUUGUUCAGGUGUGUUGUACAUUUAGGAAAAUAUAUUUUGUUUGCCUUGCAACAUGUUGAAACAUUUUCCUAUAUGUUUACAUCUUUGCUAUUUUUUAUACCCAUCCCCAGAGCAAUGAAGUAGAUGAAAGUUACCACAUGGAGAAGGAGGGCCUAAAGCGAUGUCUAGAUCUUCUGGAGUGUCUGUAAUAUUAAUUAAUUGCAUAUGUACUUUCUAUCAGGUUUGUCUAAGAAAUUAGACAAAAUUGCACAAAUAAAGGACUGUGAGGUGUUGAAGAAGUGGCUGCGCAGCAUUAAAAACCACGUGUAUUGGAGCGCAACUUACUCAACAUCAGGGCCUGAGAAGGUGGCCAAGUGGACUUCACUGCUCAACCACAUUCAAAACGUACACGUCCAUGAAGACCCCAUCUUCACAAAGUGUGAACAUACAGAGUUUCAAGGGAUCCAAAGAAAUGGUUCCAACCAGAUAUGUAUUGAAAUUGUGCCUUCUAAGUAAUUAACGUGUUAAUGUUCAUAAUGUGUACAAUGAAAAAAGUAAUCCCUAAUAUCCCUUCAAAUAUCUGUGUAUUAAUCACAAUCACUUUGUGUAUAGACUGUUUUGAUUGGCAGGUAAUUUAUAAUGGUAUUUUUUAAUGUGACUCAAAGUUCAAUAGCACUCCACAAAAUGUCCUCAACAACAAGAGAGUUCUCAAAGAUGUGGAGAAGCUCUGUCACCACUACCAGACAUCAUCGCUGGAGGCCUUCCACAGCUUGAUUCUGCGUUUCGCACCCAAGAAUGUGGUUUUCCCUUUCAAGGGAAUGUUGUGCAGGUUGUACCUUGCGGUCAUGCAUUACAAUAAAAAUCAAACAACAACAGCUCCAGGACAAGCUGUUUACAAGGUCGUGUUCCCCAAGUCCAAGAAGGGUGAAUGCACCAUGAAGUCAAUAAAAACAGACCCCCUGCAUACAAUUAUGUGGAUGACCUGAUGAGGCUCAUCUUUGAUGAGGUGUUUGAGGACCCCACCCCAUUUGUUGAAGAGUUAAAGGAAAUCCCCAUUCCCACAUAUCUGUCAUCCCAGUUUGAGAGACUCUCAAAGGAGGAAGUGAUUGCCCGCCAUGUCUUAUGCUUCAGUCAAGGGGUGGUUGGAAGCCAACAUAGUGACCAGCUGGAUCAGGAAACUCCUGGUGUAUCCGGAGAACAACACAGGAUGGGAUGACUCAUGCCGUCCUAAGUAGCCCCAGCACCAGCUGACAAAGCUGCGAUAGGCGAGAUGACGGUAAAGCCUGUAAGAGAGAAUUGGACGCUUACUGUUGCAGAAAAAAAAUAGUAUGUGUACAUAUGGUGUAGGGAUUCAAAAAGGUUGGGUUCUAAGCCUGGAUGGUGUACCAUGCAUGUCAGAGGGACUGGAACCUGGUUCAUUCGUCUUACAACCUAAGAAGGAAAACAUGACACUGACUUACAAGAAAACAGUUAUUUAGAAUAAAGCUUGUAUUGACUGAGGAGACAUCAUCACUGCAUAGGAGAAAUAUUGAUCUGGGAAGCAACAUGUGUCUCACUGUCAAACUUUUAAUUAAAAGAAAAUUGUGCUUUCAAAGGAGACAUUAGGAAUUUGGCAAAUUUUUACAUAUUGUAGAUUUCAAACAUAAUUACAGAAAGGAGGUGAUAUAAAAUGCAGAUUAAUUAGUUGAUUAUUUUAUGCAAAUAAUUCCUCUUACAAAACAAUGUCAAAUCUGCCAGCCAUAGGAUAUUUACUUCACUGCAGCAAUGCAAUAUGAUGUUGCUGAACUGAGCAACUAUUUAUAGUGCAGUCAACUCGCGUCCAUCUUUUUAAUUAAAGUAAUUUUCAACUGUACAUAUAUUUGACAAUGAUUAGUUUGUAAAUAUUUCUCUUAAAGAAUAUCAGUCCUCAUGUGUUUAAGGUCACUGCUGACAGUGAAACUCUGUUUUGUCAAAUCAGGACUUUAUAAUAACACUACUGGUCAUAAUGCAGAAUGCAGAUUUGUUGGAGAACGGUUACAGUAAAUAUGACAGCUAAAACAUGUAAAAGUACAACUAUUUUUUACACAUUUGUUUAUGUAAACAACAGAAGUAUGAACUCACAAAAUCUGCUGUACUCUUAGAAAAUUUGCUAAUGUAACGAAUCAAAACACAUUUUGUUUUUAACAGGGAACAUGUCAGAGUACCUCAAUUUUAAUCAGGAUAACUUUGGUAGUAUUCCCCAACACAUGCAACAUUAGUCAAAAUAUUAACGUAAUUAGCAAAAAAGCAGUUCUCUUUCAUCAUCUUAUGUUUGAGAUUAAUCUAUGAGAAGGGCAUCCAUACCUGACCUCUGCAGAAGCAUCCAACUGCACCAAGUCUGGCUAGAAAGACAGAAGUGCAUGACCUAUGCCAGGUAAGGACCCGCCCCCUCACCUGAGAGCAUAUAAGGACCCACACGCGCUGCUGUUCCUCAGUUGACAUUCGCUUCUCGCAACCUCUGUUUCUCUCAGCUCGGUUGGAAUUGGACUUUCACAAUUUUGUUUACAGGAGGACACAUCAUUCAGAUCAGCCUCCCCCAGACAUGACUGUUUUGCUUCAGCCAGGUUAGCUGUUUCAAUUUGCAGCAAGCCGCCCACCCUCGCUUCCUACCAAUCAGGCUGCCCACCUUUCUCUCUCACCACUUCCCCUGCUCCACAGCAGCUCGCCACAGAUUUUACUGAGUUUUUCUCUAGUAUGGCACUUUCCAAACCUACGGCUACCCCCAGCGACAACCUAUCGCGUGGCUGCCCGGCCGCUUGAGGCGCCCUCACCACCGCCAGAGACCCUCAUCCUUUCUGUGUCAUUUGCAUGGGACUAAAAUACAUGGAGGAGGCUCUAGAAUUCCCAGAAAACUGUAGCCACUGCCUGGUGCUGCCCAAAAAACUCUGGCGCCAGAGGCUCAAGGUUGCCGCUGCUCAGUGUGCUGACCCCGAACUUUCUGACUCAGACGGGGGAAACGGUGAUGACAACGCACUCCUGGGGACCUCCCGGGGCACAGCCUCUCUCAGCUGGGCCGAUCAAAGCAGCACGGCGUUCCCUGAGGUCAUUUUCUCAGGGGAUCCCUCGUUCGAAAAUGAUCCAGCUGGUUCUGGUGACGAGGAUGAUGUGGGCCUUCUCGAGGGUUUGGAGGACGAGGAGGCCAUCCCGUCUUCCAUGACUCCCCAGGCUAACGCCCCCCACUGAGGGAAACUAGGUGGUUCAUGGAAAUUUUCCUGUUUAUUUAAGCUGCCAUUGGUCGAAUAGUAGGUGCGUUGGAUUGUAGGUUGAAUUUGGAUCCCCCAUACAUGCUAUAUAAGUUAUGAGUUGACAUCUUCCCCCUUCCCCCUUUUGCCAUUACAUUCCCUUGCACUGUACAUAACCGAUUUGUAUUUAGA